AUGAAUACGACCUUCGCGCCUCCCUACCAGGCAAAUGGCCCAAUUGAGCCUAUUACCUGCGUGGAAAUGCAUACAGCAGGAGAACCAACUCGAAUUCUUCGGUCCGGCUUCCCAGAACUUACAGGCACAUUGCUUGAGCAACGCGAUCAAGCAAAAGCAAACUCGGAUCACUUCCGUCGCCUGCUCAUGCUCGAACCAAGAGGACAUUAUGAUAUGUACGGCGCGAUUCUACGACCUGAAACCGAACUAGUUCAUGCAGGUGAUGCCGAUAUCGGUGUUUUGUUCAUGCAUAACGAAGGCUUCUCAACUAUGUGCGGACAUGCAACAAUUGCAUUGGGUCGAUUCCUGGUUGAUUCCGAUGAGAGUGUUUUUCCCCGUCGGGGGCAGUUGAAGUAUGACGCAGAAUCAGGUGCUACGCAGCUUAAUCUCCAUGUUCCGUGUGGUUUGGUUAAGGUGACUGUUCCUACUUUGUCGACGGGGAAGUCGGAUCCCGCAAGGCCUGUGUCGUUUAUUUCGGUUCCUUCGUUUGCGACUGCUAUUUCUUUGGAGGUGCCGGUGCCUGAGCCUUAUCGGUGGCCUGAACUUCAGGAGAGAUGCUCGGUCACGGCGGACUUCUCGUAUGGUGGUGCAUACUAUUGUUUGAUUAGUGCUGAGGAGCUGGGCUUCACUGGGGGUCUUGCGGAGUUUGAUCUUCAGAAGAUGGAUCGUGCUACGGGACUGCUGAAGAAAGCAAUUACGACCAAUCCGGACUUGAAAUAUCUGACAAGAAAUACAAUUACGGGUGAGCAGGGAUUCUUGUAUAGUGUCAUGAUCACGGAUAAGGGGUUGGGUCAUGUUGCUGCAUCUGAGGGCACGGCUGGCUUCCGAGCUCAGCAGGGUGUGGAUACGGAAGAAACAGGUCUUUGCUUCUUUGCGAAUCAGCAGAUUGAUCGUUCUCCUACUGGAGGGUGUGUUGCUGCUCGAGUGGCUUUAGCUCAUGCUAAGGGUGAAUUGUCGACCGGUGAGAAGCGAUUGUACAAUUCGUUAGUGACUCGAUCGCGCAAGGCUCUGGCAGGAUUUGGUGGGUCGGUUUUUGAAAUCGCUCAACGAUCAGUGGAUGUGAAAGUUGAAGGAUAUGCUUAUUAUACCGGAUAUCACACAUUCGUGGUUGAGAAUGAAGACGGACUCGGAGUGAAUGGAUUUUCAAUGAAGGAUCUUGUUGUAUAG